AUGUUAUUACUCGAAGUAUUAUUCUACGUGCUGGUGUUGAUAGUGACUGGUGUCUUGAUGUAUUACAAGCAAGCCAGCGAGACAUCAUCAACCAAUAAUCAACAAGCUGAUAAUAAUUUAUUUGAUGAACAAGAAGCCGAAGUUGUGAAGAAGGAGAUGCCAGUCAAAAUGUCAACUGACAAUUUGAUCAAGGAAGAUUUAUCAUCACCUGCAAAGAAACACUCCAGAGAAGAUAGUUUAACAGUCAAGAGUAAUGAAAGUAUUUUUGAUGAAAUUAUGAAUACAACAAUUAAUGAUGAUGAAAUGGUUGAUGACAUUAAAAUGGUUAUUGAAAAGUCACCAAUCGAAAAGAAAAGAGAUCGAAUUUUGGAAGAAAUUUUGACCACUGAAGAGAGCUAUGUUAAAGGUUUGAGAACUUUGGAAGAAAAUUAUUUGAAACCAAUCAAGGAAAUUCUUCAAAAGGAAACAUUUGAUUUAAUAUUUAAUGAUAUUGCUAUUAUUAAGGGUGUUAAUGAGAAUUUCCUCCAAGAAUUGAAAAAGAUUUAUUUUGGAGUUGAUGGAUUGUCCUGUCUAGCUGUUGCCAAGUUAAUGUUACAUUAUGCUCACUCUUUUAAACUUUAUACGAGAUUUAUUGGAAAUUAUGGAAUUGCUGUUUCAACACUUGAAGAGGAAAAGAAAAAGAAUGGAAAAUUGAGAAAAAUGUUGGAUAAAAUUGCAGAGAAAUUGAGUGAUGAGGCUACUGUAUCAUCAGAUUUUACCAUUGAUGGACAUCUUGUAUUGCCACUUCAGAGAAUUCCAAGAUAUCAACUCUUAUUACAACAAUUGAAAGAAUUUACUGAUCAUAAUGAUGAAUCAUUUGUAUUGAUUGAGAAUGCAUUGAGUCUCAUUAAGGAAAUUGCAUCAGAAUUGAAUAAUAGACAACUUGAAUAUUCUAACAUUCAUAAGAGCUUGGAAUUGGGAGAAACUUUCAAAUUGAAGGACUUUUUCAUUCCAACCAGAAGAUUACUCUAUUAUUUUGAGGGAGACAAUGAAGUCAACUAUAAGAGAUCAAAUGGAAAGACUGGUAUUUUAGAUUUAUACGUUUUCACAGAUCUCUUGCUCUUGAAUAGAAGAUCUGGAUUUUUGUCCAAGCAAGAAUUUAUUUUUGCUCCACAUUCUAAAGAUGAUAAUUCAUCCACUGAUACUUUGGAACUUGAAGAAGAUACACUCAAUCAAACAUUAAUUCUCACAUGCACCUUUAAGCCAGGUACUAAAACUGAACCAAGAGUUUUGGAAAUGUACUUUGAAAAGAAUCCAGAUCAAUACAAUAAGGUAAAGCAAGCUAUUGAAGCCAUGAUGGAAAAUCAAACAUCAAGAAAGAGUGUAUCCUCUAGAUCAUCCAUUUAAACAAUUCUUAAAAUUGUG